CACUGCCGUGUGACUAGAAAUUGUAAUCGCGGAGAAAGAGACAGAGCCUGGCUGAGAGAAAGACCAAGACAGACGGACAGACAGACAGAAAAUCUGACCAAGACAGGCUCCCCAACCUACAAGAGGGUGAUGGGGACAGAGUCAGAGUGAGGAGGAGAUGGAGGAGAAGGAGAGAGGGGGCCUGGUCAUCCAGAGGGGGGCGAGAGAGUGAGGGGGAGCCUGAAGAGGGGGCUGGAGCCCAGGAGGUAGACAGGGACUAGGCCAGGGGACCGGCAGAGAGGAGAAGGAGGCUGGGGCACUGAGGGGAGAGAAAAGAGGCUGGCAGUGGGGGGAGAGUGGAGGUAGAGGUGGGGGUAGGAGACAGGAGGAGGCCAGCAGGGAGAGGAGGAGGAGACCACUGCAGUGGCCUAGACGCACCUUCCUGGGGUGGGAAGGGCGACUGGCGAGGGGGGGGCGCGGGGAGACCCAAGAAGCCCCUGCGCCCCCCCCAGCACGACCUCGAAGGAAGCCCUGGAGAACUGGGGAGGCAGAGCCCCCCUGCCAGCUGGAGGCAUGUGGAGGGGGGGACCUGGGGCCCAGGGAGAGGCCCAGCAGAAGCGGAGCCACAGGGCCCCCCGGCGCCCACGCGGAGCAUGAACAUUGAGGAUGGCGUGUGCCCGCAGCUCCCCGUGCCUCCCACUGCUGCCCGGUAGGAUGUCCUGGCCCCAUGGGGCCCUGCUCUUCCUCUGGCUCUUCUCCCCACCCCUGGGGGCCGGCGGGGGCGGCGUGGCCAUGACAUUGGCGGCCGGAGGGGGCUCCCCACCGGCCACCUCCUGCCCCGCGGCCUGCUCCUGCAGCAACCAGGCCAGCCGGGUGAUCUGCACACGGAGAGAGCUGGCUGAGGUCCCGGCCAGCAUCCCUGUCAACACGCGGUACCUGAACCUGCAGGAGAAUGGCAUCCAGGUGAUCCGCACCGACACGUUCAAGCACCUGAGGCACCUGGAGAUCCUGCAGCUGAGCAAGAACCUGGUGCGCAAGAUCGAGGUGGGCGCCUUCAACGGGCUGCCCAGCCUCAACACGCUGGAGCUGUUCGACAACCGGCUCACGACGGUGCCCACGCAGGCCUUCGAGUACCUGUCCAAGCUGCGGGAGCUCUGGCUGCGCAACAACCCCAUUGAGAGCAUCCCUUCCUACGCCUUCAACCGUGUGCCGUCCCUGCGGCGCCUGGACCUGGGCGAACUCAAGCGGCUGGAGUACAUCUCGGAGGCGGCCUUUGAGGGCCUGGUCAACCUGCGCUACCUCAACCUGGGCAUGUGCAACCUCAAGGACAUCCCCAACCUGACGGCCCUGGUGCGCCUGGAGGAGCUGGAGCUGUCGGGUAACCGGCUGGACCUGAUCCGCCCGGGCUCCUUCCAGGGCCUCACCAGCCUGCGCAAGCUGUGGCUCAUGCACGCCCAGGUGGCCACUAUCGAGCGCAACGCCUUCGACGACCUCAAGUCGCUGGAGGAGCUCAACCUGUCCCACAACAACCUGAUGUCGCUGCCCCACGACCUCUUCACGCCCCUGCACCGCCUGGAGCGCGUCCACCUCAACCAUAACCCCUGGCACUGCAACUGCGACGUACUCUGGCUGAGCUGGUGGCUCAAGGAGACGGUGCCCAGCAACACGACGUGCUGCGCCCGCUGCCACGCACCCGCCGGCCUCAAAGGCCGCUAUAUCGGCGAGCUGGACCAGUCGCACUUCACCUGCUACGCGCCGGUCAUCGUGGAGCCGCCCACGGACCUGAACGUCACCGAGGGCAUGGCAGCCGAGCUCAAGUGCCGCACAGGCACCUCCAUGACCUCCGUCAACUGGCUGACGCCCAACGGCACCCUCAUGACCCACGGCUCCUACCGCGUGCGCAUCUCCGUCCUGCACGACGGCACGCUCAACUUCACCAACGUCACCGUGCAGGACACGGGCCAGUACACGUGCAUGGUGACGAACUCGGCCGGCAACACCACCGCCUCCGCCACGCUCAACGUCUCGGCUGUGGACCCCGUGGCGGCCGGCGGUGCCGGCGGUGGGGUCGGCCCGGGCGGCCCGGGCGGCGGCGGCGGCGGGGGCGGCAGCGGCGGCUACACCUACUUCACCACCGUGACCGUGGAGACCCUGGAGACGCAGCCGGGAGAGGAGACCCUGCAGCCGCGGGGGACGGAGAAGGAGCCGCCGGGGCCCACGACGGACGGUGUCUGGGGCGGGGGCCGGCCCGGGGACGCUGCCGGCCCUGCCUCGUCAUCCACCACGGCGCCAGCCCCGCGCUCCUCGCGGCCCACGGAGAAGGCGUUCACGGUGCCCAUCACGGACGUGACGGAGAACGCCCUCAAGGACCUGGACGACGUCAUGAAGACCACCAAGAUUAUCAUCGGCUGCUUUGUGGCCAUCACGUUCAUGGCCGCCGUGAUGCUCGUGGCCUUCUACAAGCUGCGCAAGCAGCACCAGCUCCACAAGCACCACGGGCCCACGCGCACUGUGGAGAUCAUCAACGUGGAGGACGAGCUGCCUGCCGCCUCGGCCGUGUCCGUGGCCGCCGCCGCCGCCGUGGCCGGCGGUGGGGGCGUCGGCGGGGACAGCCACCUGGCCCUGCCCGCCCUGGAGCGAGACCAUCUCAACCACCACCACUACGUGGCGGCCGCCUUCAAGGCGCACUACAGCGGCAACCCCAGCGGCGGGGGCUGUGGGGGCAAGGGCCCCCCAGGGCUCAACUCCAUCCACGAACCUCUGCUCUUCAAGAGUGGCUCCAAGGAGAACGUGCAAGAGACGCAGAUCUGAAGCCGCCAGGCGGGGGGGGGUGGGGGGGUGGGAGGGGCCGCCCCGGGGCUCGGGCCACACCAGGACCCUCCCCGCAGCCCCGGCCCCCCCGCGCUGGCGCCCGGACCUCGCAGGGAAGGUCGGGGAAGGAGGGGUCGCAGCCCCGCCCGCGUUCGGACCCCAGGUGGCUCACCCCCGCGCAAGGACAGGGCGGGGCUCCGGGAACCGGGCCCCCAGCGGUUCUGGCCGCACCCUCCCAACCCAGGCGAAGGGAGGGGCUGCGGGAUUCCGGAGAAGUGGCUGGAACCCUCCGCUUUUCCUCCUCGAGCUCUCGACCGACCCAUCCCGGCCCUCCGCCUUCCAGGGGAGAGCGGAGCUUUUUGGGGGGUGUCCUUUCCCCUCAUCCCCAACGACCUUCCUUUUACGGUUCAUUUUUUGCAGUUUGACGCCUGUCCCCGCUCCCGCCCCUAUGCCCUCGAAACUGAAGAGACAGACGCGCGCGCGGUCAGAGCCUCCAGACACCCUGCCCUGCCCCCUUCACCCCCAGCCCUCACCUGGCCCACAGACUCUUUUGAUACUGAAGGGAGGUUUGCGUCAACGACUACCUGCUCUGUAAUUACUUUAAAAAAAAAAACACGGAAAAAGUAAAAA